GUUUUUCACCUAUUCUGCAUCCUUUACCUCGAUGUGCCGCCUGAUGUACAAAUAUUAUUCAGUAAUUCUGCUAUCAAUAAACCAGAUGUUUCUUGCUUUUUCAGAGAAUAGAAUCUUCAAAUUACCGCGAUUAAUACUACAUGCAGAUCAGUAUUAUCUGGUUAAGCGUAAAGCUGCUGUUAUGUCGUGUCAAAUAGAGCCUGGUUGGCGUGGAGCUACAAUGGUCGAUGUACAUUGGAUCAGGGACGGUGUACGCAUCAGCGAACUCCAAAAUGAAAAUGUGCGCAACGAAUUGCUUGUCGAUGGUCCUACCUUGAGAAUACAAAAUGGAAAGCAUCAUACCGAAGGGGAUUAUCAGUGUUCAGCUCUGAUACGAGGCGUGCGAUUGUCUAACGGAAAACAUAUUGACACACGUCUUGUGUCUGCUCCAGUAAAAUUUCGUCGUGCCAGGAUAACCAAAUUUGAAAAAGUUGCGCCGGAGAGUGUAGCUGUACUUCAAGGACAGAUUGCCCGUUUACCAUGCUUAGGAAUGCCUGAUGUUAUUCCUGGCCCUCCAGAGAUAACGUUCGAAAAAGAGGGCUAUGAUAAACUUUUGGGAAUGCCGGGCGAUGAAAGAUAUCUCUCAACAUCAUCUGGCAUGCAAAUACCUUUGUCAAAGUUAUCAGAUUCGGGCAGUUAUUAUUGUGUUGUCCGUAAUACAUUUACCAACCAAACUCGAAAAUCACCGCAUUUUGUUAAAUUAGAGGUACUGCCAAAAAGAUACAGUAGCAUUGAACCUAUGGUUGUUUAUCCUGUAGCAUCAUCUUCGGUCAAAAGACCCAUUAUUAUUGAUGUUGUCAAGGGACAAACAGUGCUUCUAGAGUGUAUCGUCACAUCCGCAAAGAUUAUUUGGACAAGGCUAUAUCCUGGAGAAACAGAAAUAUCAGUGAGUAGCGAGAAAACACGAUUGCAUCAAAUCUGGGGCAAUUUACAAAUUCAACAAGUAAAUGAAGCAGAUACUGGUAUUUACAUUUGUGAAAGUAUGGCGCUGUUUUCUCAUGCUACGGUUGAAUUUCCUAAAGUUUAUUACAACUUACGAGUGCAUGCACCAACCGAUGUACAGCUUAUGUUGGGUCAACUUGCUGCAGAUAAGAGCUGGAAGCUAAGCUGCUUGGCGCUAAAUUUGCAUUAUGAGAUUCCGAUGGUGUAUAUGAAUGGGAUUGCAUUGAUUGAUGCAAUGGAUAAGCUUGGUGUUCCACCACAUACUAAUUUUUUCACAAAUCCGAUAAAUGCCACAUUGACUUCUAAUGUUGCAUUAUCAGGCAGUGUACAGUGUAUUUCACGCCCAGCGAUGGAUGAAGCAGAAGUAUACGGGAAUGGGUUGGAACGAGGUCGAGCAAUGAAUCUGUAUGUUGAUAAUCGAGUCAAUCAGCAGAUUAAUUUAAUUUUACAAGGACCAGAAAAUUCUACCAAAAUAGUUGGUGAAACAGCGCAAAUGGUUUGCUUAGUGGUACCGCGAACGACCAAGACCGUUUGGACCAAAGAUGGUAAACGUAUGGCAAUAAUUGGGAAAAAACGUAUCCGCUUGGUUGGGACAGCAAGUUUGCAAAUUUCCGAUGUACAACUGGAAGAUGAAGGAUGGUACACUUGUGAAGUAACAGACAACACAAAUCACAUGACACGUUCCAGUUCCUACCUAAAAAUUAUUCCGAAAGAAGUGCUUUUACAUGAUGAGAAAGACAGUGAGGCGGAAAAUCAUAAUAUAAAGAAUAUCCUAUCUGAGAACGCUGCUGCUGUGCAGUAUCAAGAAGGGGACGAGAAAGAACUAUGGUCGAAAACGGGUGGAUUGAAAGAACUUCCAAUGAAUAUGCCACGAGCGUUCAUUUACGGAAGAAAUGUGCGAGUGCUGUGGUCACUGCCCAUGAAUUAUUCAUUUCUAAACAAAAUUACCUCAUUUCAAAUUGAAUUCCGAGCUGAAAGUAAUGACAAAAAAUGGGUUGUGGGUAGUGAGGUAGAUGGACAUGUGCGUGCUGUUACUAUCAAAGAAUUGCUUCUCGGAAAUAGAUACCAAUUCCGGGUUUUAGCGAAAAUGUUGGAUCAGAGUGUUAUAUCAGGUCCACCUACGGAUUGGCUUAAGAUUGAACAAGAACCCGGAAGUGAUGACGAAAUCAGUGCACAACUUAAUAUCACUUUCUUUUUUCCAGUUUCGGAUACCGUUCUUCAACUGCAUUGGAAUUAUACCGCUCCGAACUCUUUAAGAUCUCCCGAAACUUUUUUCGUUUCAUAUGCUAAUGUCACUGAUAAGGAGUACACCCAUACGAUACAGUUGAACAGUUCAUUUUCGAUGACUAAUUUAAGUAAUUUAAUACCUUCUACGGAAUAUCGAGCUAUUGUCGAAGUUGAAUUUGCUGACAGAACGAGCCAACGAAGUGAACCGUCUGUGGCACGCACUUUAGCUGCCCGCGGUAAAUUCAUGGACACAUCACAUCGCAUAUUCAACGAACAACGGGUACAAAAAUCUCAUCUUUAUUACGAACCAACUAUAGCAAUGUCGGUCAUGAGUGAUAUGAAUGAAUUUACUCCUCUUAAGAUGAAGUGUAGUGAGAAUCGAUCACCUUCUGUUGCGUCUUUGAAGAGUUUUCCACUCAGCAAAGAUUACGAUAUCAUGUCGAACCUAUAUGGUAAAGAAGACAACUUUUUGGAGGAGAGGAACGCUCUUACUUCAUUCAAAGAGAGAUCGUGGACCAGUGGGAAAAUAUAUGAAAAUCUCAUCUCAGAAGUUAAUGACAUUCAGAGGCCAGUGCAAAGAGCCUUACAAAUCAAUGAUAACCAUAAGGAAUCUUUUUGGUUAAAAGGAAUUAACGACCAGAUAAAACCGCCAAAUCACAUUACAGUUAUGCCUCCUGGAAUACAAUUGUUAUCGUCGAAAGGGUAA